GUCCCACAUCAGAGCUCCCGGAAACGCCGGGAAAGGAACUUCGAGCAUGUAAACACAUGUCGAAGUCGAUCUUACGGGAGGGUUAUGGUUAUCGUAUUCUGUAUGAAGCUGACCCUGUGUUAUGGUCAUCCAAUGCGGUAAGCCCUAAAAUGAAAACCUGUGUUUCUUUUAGUUUUAUUCGCUUAAUAUUUGCCCCCAAACUGCAAGCUAAAGAGCGAGAGCUAGCGUAGUACUUUGCCUCUCCUUGUAAACCCACGUGCCGAUGUGAGUUUUAAUUAAUAUUUAAAUAUUCUCCCAGAAGUAAUGUAUCGAAAACAAGACGCUCUCCUCGAUACAGGAAUAUCUCUGCUCUUUUUAGAAGAUUAAAGUUAUGUUGAAUGAGCCUUUAGCCAUCAUUGUUUGGUAACAGUUCAGUGGGCCAGCGUUAGGGGGCGCUGCUCAGCUGCUGUCUUUAGGUUGUACUAUGAAUAAAGAGGAUAAUGGAGGUACGGAUGAGUACUUCUUCAUUGAAGAGUCUAGCAGCUCAGAAGAUGAAGUGAAGCUCAAGUUCAGCCUCCAGAAACAUCACAGGAGCUGCAAACAAGCUGCACAUCUCAGCAGGGAGAGCUCCCCUCCACUUCUGCUGGCCUACACCUCCUGCAGACCUGCUCCUGUUUCCAGAGUGGACUUCGAGGAGGAGGAGGAGGAGGACAGUGAUCAGCCCAUCGAGGAGUGGAUGAUCCUAGGAGAAGAGGAGCAAGUUGGAGACUCAAACAUCCAGCUCAACCUGAGCUACUGGAACUACUCUGAGGAGGAGUCUGGUGAGGAAGGUUAGACUACAGCUGAUCAUAUUGUGGGUAUACUAUAGACUGUAUAUAGAAUAGUAUAUACAGUCUAUGGGGUAAACACUGGGGGGAAAGUUUAUCAUACUCUUUCAAUUGCUGCAGUUCCAGAGAGACAUUUUCAGUCCAGUAGCUGUAAAAACUGCAUUAUUUUGGACUUUGAAAUGUCUAUCUGAAAGAAAUAAGUACAGCUGUGUAGAGGGUCAGGUGCUAGCUUCAUGUGAUAAAUGAUUAGUUUUUGCUAUUUAACAGUAAAGAAAAAAUAAUUAAAAGCCAAAAAAGGUUGAUUUUGACUAGGGUUGCAAAGGGGUGGAAAAUUUUCGGUAAAUUUCCAGAAACUUUCCAUGGGAAGUUAAGCCGGGGAAUUGUGGAAAUAUCCCAAAUUGGAAACUUUCCAUGAGGAUUAUGGGAAUUUAUGGGAAUUAACUGGAAAUUGGGGGUAAUCUUAACAAAUUGCAUCAUAUCCAAACAUAAAUGUAAAUAUUUUUGUUUUGUCAUAAGCAGACAUCCAUGCAAAAUAAUACAAUUACAAUGCAAAGACAUGAACAGAAAUAUAGUUGGCUGAACAACUGGAAUGGUCUUCAAAAUAUUUGACAAUUGAUGUAUAAAUUAUUGUAUGGUUACAGAAAACCGUCUUGCAGGAGUCAGAAGAAACAGCAUCACAUUUGAGGUAGCUACCACCACCAUAAUAAGCUAGCCCCUUGAAUGGUCAAUGAAAUGAAAAAUAGCUUACAUUUAGCACCUAUUUUUAUUUAAUUUUUGCAAGUUAGAUAUUAAUUCUAUUACAGAUCAAAUAUAUUUAUCCUAUAAUAUUACCAAAACUUACUUGACUUUAUAGUCCGUGGGCUCAAAUGUCUUGUGCUUUGGACUCAAAAAUGUGGCCUCCAGGGUUCAAGAAAUCAUCCGUGCGUGUGAUGGAGGAGUGUACUUCCAUUAAAUCUGGUUGUUUUAGCCAAGAUUAUGUUACAAUAUAUUUUCCUCAACUAUAUUUAAGUUCUCUGUUGAGGGCCAACCUUCAAUUUUGUAAAUUUUAGAUUUAUUUCCAUUAAUUCCUGUUUAUUCCAAUGGAAAGUUUCCAACUUUCAUUCAGUGUAUUAUGUAUUAGGACGAGCCUAUGCAGGUUAAAGCUUUACUAUCUGUUGUCCCUAUAAUGGUGAUUAUGUGCAGGAAGUGUAUAUUCCUGCGAACCCAAGGAUAUGGAACACAUUUCUGCUGGCUAUUUAUCACAUGAAUUUGUGUUGAAUGAUUUGUUACUUUGGUUUCAAGUCAUAUAUCAAGAGUAGAUUUUUUCCAAUAUGCACAGUUAUAAAAUGACAAAAUAAUUUUCACUUUAUUUGACCACCUACAUAUGCAGCCGACCGGGCAAAUGAUGUUUAAUUGGUUGUAUCUUCUCUUAGCAUGAAUGCGGUAUUGAUUUCUUGGCAAAGCACAAGCUUAGAUAUGUAUUCUGGGUCAAUUUUCCAACAGAGAUAUUGACAGCGUGAUGGAAAUUAGUUCAGAUGUAGUUUACAUUGAUUCCUCUAGAUACAUACUAUAAAACAAGAGAUGUCAUUUCUGAUUGUUGUUUAUUCUUAAACCCACAGAGAGAAAGUGGUCGCCCCUCACUUGUUUUUUUUUUACACAGACUCUGAUUCACAUUAAUGAAGAAACUCAUGUUCACAUCAGGGAGCCUUCCAGACACAGCAGAUCUAUCUCAUCUUGAUAGCCUGUAGCUCCCCUGGUGCAGAUGUUUUCAAGUUUUUCCUUUUACCUCACUAAAUGAGUUUAAAAGAGUUUAGCAAUGCUAAGUGUACUUAGCAGUGGUAACUCCCAUGUAACCUGCCCAAACUAGCACUGCCUUCAAAACUCAGUAUAAGGAUGGACAUAUAAAUAAUAACAAAAACAAAGCAAUAACACUCAUAAACUAAUGAGAGAAUUUAUUAUUAUAUUAUAUAUAAUCUUUAUUAUAAAAGAUUUUAAAAUAAGAAAAAACAGUCUUUUACAAGUAUUCAUUAUCCUUGGAAAACCACAUUUCUGAUUUUUUUAAAUAACUCUUUUGUACCUUUUUAAAAUGUUUUUUUCUCCUUGUACAGAGAAGGAUGCCUGGGCUGUAUCAGACAAGGACAAGGUAACUACUUAAUUUUUUUAACUUUAGUGGUAAUAGUCUUAUUUCAGUGCAAGAGACAUUAAAUCUGUGGAUUUAGUUUUCAAGUUAAAGUUAAUUAAACUUGGCUGUGAUAUAAUUUUACAUCUUUUACUGACUGCUGAGAACUGAAAUUUUACAAAAUAUUGCCUUUCGUCAUUUCCCAGUAUGGUGCUGAAAAGUUUCAGCCCAUCCGCUAUUGGGUACCUGGUAAUUCUCAGACAUGUAACAUCUGCAACAGGAUGGGACAUCUUGCCAGAAACUGUUUUCACCUCAAGGUAAUGGAACGCCCUCUCCCACCUUUAUUCUUUGAAUGAUUUUAUUAUUAAAAGGAGUUUGAGCUAGUGUAGGAGUAGUGCUAGUUUAAUAAUUGAAAAUAAGCUUUUCAUUAAUCUAAUCUGCCUUGUACAGACUAUUACACCACCAAGCUGCUAAGAUUUUUGACUAACUUAAGAGUAUUUUUGUUUUAUCUCACUUUUUUUCCUGUGCAUACAUCUCAUAGUCUGUUUUAAAUAAUGAUACCACAUAUUUUAGCUGCAUAAACUUGGAAUUUUUGCUGAGAAGUAAUGAGAAAAUGUGCAGCCAAGUAUUUAAAACAUUCAAGGGUUUUAAACUGUACACUGUUGUAUCUUUCCUGUAUGUUUCUGAUGAAUUCUGCUCUCACCAACUAGCCCAUCAAAUCAUGUGUGUUUUUGUCACUUUUAGAUUUUCCAUGUAGUUCCAUAUUACCUUGUUGGUGGUUUGGUGAACACUUACACCAUUCAUCUUUUCACCUGUUUUGGCCGCUUAACUUCUAGAAAUGUCCCACUUGUGUCCUCUGUGGGAUCCGAGGCCACAUCCAGCGGGACUGUCCGGGCCGCCCCUGCCCUAGCUGUAGAUUGCCUUCACAUUGUCUUCGGCCUUGUGAAAGGCCCCCAGUGUGGAACCAGCACUGCCAGCGCUGUGGGUUGGCAGGGCAUCUUUCUGAUGUGAGUGUCCCCAAGCCCCUAGUUAUGGCUCCUUCUUUGUGUUACCAUGUUGAAGAAGGUUGGAGAACUUCAGUGAUAAAACUGACAUGAAAUACAAUUUGACCAAAUCUGACAGUUUUGCCCUCACAUUUAAUAAUUUCACGAAUUCUCCCUCCCCUCAGGUUAAGAGUCAGGGUGUCAUCCUCAACAGCACACUAUCUUUUCUGUGUAAUAUUAUUCGCCUUAGCUCAUCCCUCACCCCAAGCUCUGCUGCUAAUAUAGUUCACUCUCUGGUCACUUCCUGGAUUGACUAUUGCAACUCCCUCCUCUUUGGUCUCCCUGAGAAAUCCCUCCACAAAUUUCAGUUAAUCCACAAUUCUGCCGCCCGCAUCAUUUCCAGAACUCCAUCCAGCAAUCACGUCACUCUAAUUCUCCAGCAGCUACCCUGGCUCCUGGUCAGCUACUGCAUUGAUUUGAAGAUUCUGCUUCUGACCUUCAAGCCAUCCAUAACUUUGCCCCUCUGUACCUUUCCGACCACCUUCACAUCAGCACCGCAUUUGUACUCUCAGGUCCUCUUCCUCUUUCCACCUCACUGUCCCACUCGCCCAUUUGACCACCAUGGGCUAAAGAGCCUUUAGUUGCUCUGCUCCCCGACUGUGGAACUCCCUCCCAACAGACAUCUGUAAUAUUAACUCUCUCUCCUUUUCAAAUCCCGUCUUAAAACUCAUCUUUUCAAACCGGCAUAUUCAGUCUGACUGAUUUCUUUCAGUCAACCGACACUGUUUCAUUGAUUGUUUUAAUUCAUUGCUAACUUUUAUAUAUAAUUUGGACUUAUUUAUUUCUUAUUUUCCUCUUCUUUUGUAAGGUGUCCUUAAGUGCUUUGAAAGGCACCAUAAAUAAAAUGAAUUAUUAUUAUUUUAUUUUAUUUUUUUAUCUAAAAGUAUUUGUCAGUCUUGUGCUGACGUAUUCUGUAGCCUUAGGUUUGUGUGGGUCUAUUUCAUCAAGUGUUGUUCAGUGUGUUUUUGCAGUUGUCUAUCUUUACUGCAGUUACACAAUAUUUCUUUCUUUCUUUGUAUUUAAAAAAAUAUCUUUCUCUCUUUGUCUCCUGGGAUGUCCUCAGGCCUGCCCUGAUUUGUGGAGACAAUACCAUUUGACUGUAAGUUACAUUUUGGAACAUACUGCAAAAUCUUGUUAUGACUUGUGAAAUAAGAAAAACACAAAACCUGUAUGAUCACUCUAUGUCUCUCAAGCAAAAGUCAUUAAUACAUCAAAUUUGAUUUAUAGUAGAUAUUUAAUAUUAAGAUAGAUGUUAGAUGUAAAUUCUAAAGAAAUAAAUUGUCCAAGUAACAAUAAAACUUGAAAAAACUCAAAUAAUGAUGCCAUUUCAUUCUGAAAUUUGAGCAGGUUCGGUUAGAGGUUCCCCAAAGGCCAUCAACAGUCGACACCCCCCAAAAUAAGCGCUGCCUGGCUUAUUGUUACAACUGCUCAAAACAGGGCCAUUAUGGUUACGUAAGUGACAUAUAACAGAAGUCCUUUGCUUGUCUCGACCAUCCUUCUUGAUUUCCACUUGACCUAACCUGUACCACAAUCACUUUUCUGUCUGUAGGCUGUCUUAUCUGUCUCUCUGCUGCUCCCUUUUGUGUUUAUCUGUCCAUCUGUUUCCCUCUAUUAACUUUUGGAUUGGACUUAAUUGUACUUGCCACUUUUUGAGUCCCCUGCUCUCCCACUCUUACUUGGAUCUUCCCUCUUACCUUGAAUCACUUUUUUAUUCCAGCACAGUUUUCAGCCUCUCUUCCUACAUUGAUGCCAUGUUUCUGUCUAUUUCAGGAGUGCAUCAAAAGGAGGAUGAUCAGUGGGACAUUUCCCACUCUGCCCUAUGUUUGCCGUUAUGACACAACUGAUGACCUCCUCAACCUUCGUACCAGGGACCACAGAAGAGCCAAAGGUUAGAGAACAUAUUAUUCUGGGUAUACAGCCUUCAAUACAGUAGUCUUUGCAUGAAAGCCUGUGCUUCUGAAAGAGGGGGUUUGACUUUAAUUCACUUGCCCGACAAGACCUCAUGUCUAAUGGUGUUUUUCUUUUAACCUCACAUGUAAUUCACUUACGCUGAUGAUUUUAUGUGCGUUUGCUGUGAAGAGAGCAUUAUCCCUAGAUUACUCCAAUUAUGACCAAAAUAAAUCUUAAAUAAAACGUGGCCACCUCAACUCCCUUCACCUUUUAUGACAUUCUAACAUGGAGUUGAUUCUUCUCUAUGCCAUACCUGCCUAUACAUCUUUGUAAGGACUUUUUGAUUUUCCUCAUCAACGAAAAACUUUAGAAAUUCUUCGACUUCAGCUUAGUUAUCCCCUUCACAGUAAGUUCAAAUGAUUUUUUUUUCUGUUCUGCAAAUUAGUGAAUUAUUGCCCAGUUUCUUUCAGUUUACUUUCAGCAGAGGGCACUCCAAAAUCUCCUCUAUAACCUCAUUUUCAGCUGUCCCAAUAGGCAGUGACCAAAGUGUGUCUGGAGGAAAUUCAUUGGAUCCUUAACCAGUUUCAUAAAACGACUUGUUAUGAUCUCUCUGGCAGUUACAGACAUUUUUUUGUGGUUCCUGGUGCAGCCAGCAGAUAUUUAAGUGAGUAACAGAGGAUUUCAGGGCUGAUACUUCAUAGGAUUAAGAAGUGAUGUGUAUGAAUGAUGUUAAUGCUACACUUGUGACUUGUAAAUAUCUGUAGGAUAAAGAAAAAGCAAAAGCAGGUCAUGACGCUGAUGAUAUGAUGGGUCCCAGUUCUGCGUUGAAUUGUCUUAUGCAUUUUGCCGACCUUGAUUCUUUACAUGCACUGUUAACCUCUUUCUGAGAAUACCUUAUGCAAUACCAAUGGCCAAAAACACAACACCACAAAUACCCCAAAUCUUAUUCCUUUCCUGCAGAUCCUAUAUUCAGAUAAAGAAUAUGUUUAAAGAAAAUAAUCCUGAACAAAUUUUAAUGUUUUUUUUCUUUCUUGUCUUCUUACUGUGCUCUAUGUUAUAGCAUGUCAAGCAUACAAAGCCAUUGUAAUAGGAACCCAUUCAGGGCUUUGACACUGGAUUUCUUUAUAGACAGAGCUCUUAUUCAAGGUCUUGAUUACUUUCUAUUUACACUGGGCUUCCUGGCUUUUUUUGUUUUUUAUUGCUGUUAUUUUUGAGGCUGUCUUCUGUUAGAAGCUGUAGCUAUCUAUGGAUUGCAAGUGAUAGAUGUCAGAGGGGUGAUUUCCUUGCGAACUGGCCCUGCAAGUUCACCCAACCUCAAUGUGGUCAGACAGACACACGCAUAGUUAAAGAUAUAGCUACACCCAAAUGUGUUUUAUGAUGUCCCCAAAUACACCUGUGCAUUUCUUUUAGAGGGUGAGAUACUAGAAAUAACAACAACGCAAAAACAGUAAGUGAAGUUUGCCUUUGUUUCAGUAUGUAUGAGAUUUAAGGUAAACUUUAUUAUCCCAAAGGGGCAAUUUGUUUUACAACUAGCAGUGAUUAAAACAAGAAAAAGCACAAGGCUUUAGAGUACAAACACACACGAUGAACAAAGAAACAUACUGGAGGCAAAAGCUACAUGAGACAUUUUAGGAGGAUAAUGGUAUCAGGAGUCACUGAGUUGUUUUUGGUCUGUUUGUUCUAUAUCUAUAUCUACGGGAGACUAUAUUUAUAUCUACAGCAGACUAUAUCAAUGACCAGAUGGCAGCAGUUUGUAUUCUCAAUCCAGAGGGUGCGUUCAGUCAGCCAGACUAGCCUCAGCCUUUCUUUUUCUUUUGUAGCUCGGGCACUUAAAGCAGCAAUAACAUCAAAACUUGUUCCUGCAGUUCUGCUGCACACUCAAUGUCAAACCUCAUCCUACUCUUUGCGUCAUCUAGGUGCCUCUGGAGCACAUGAAGUAGCAUGCCUACAGCAGCUUCAACCCCCCUACCUACCAUGUAAAGUGUUUUCUUUUAGUGGAAACAAAGAGCAUUAUCAUUCAUUUGAAUUUUUUUAUGUACAGUAGUUAGUCACCAGUAUAUCAGACCCAACUAGCUAGUUUAAUAAUAAACCCUGCCUUCAAGAGGGUUUUUGUAAUUAAGGUAAAAGACGUGUUGGUCUAACUUCAUUUUAAAGGAUGUAGUUUUUGAUGCUGAUGAAUUACAGUUUACAGGGAGAUUUCUUUGUUUUAUAGCUUUUGAAUACUGCUACAAAAAGAACUUAAUUGAUCCCCAAAGGGAAAUUUAAAAAUAGAAACACCAUUUUUUAUGACAUGGUGAGAACAUAAACUAAGAAUUAUAAUCUUCACAGUGGGAGAUUUAUCUCAACAGUGUGUAAAUCCAUUAUUCAGGCUGCUUUCAGUUUUUAUUCAUUAAUUUAAAGUUGCUGAAUGUAUUACCAUUUUCACGAGCUGUUCACAAAUGUUUUCUGUCUUCUGUUUGUUGCUAGGCAGAUAGUGUAUUUGGCUUCAUCUGAGUUUCUUCAAUGAAAACAGCUGCCCACUGCAGCUGAAACAGCUUUGAUGAGGGCAGCGAGAGCAGAACCAAACAAAGUUGCGGGCUAUAUAACUAACACAAUAAAUUAAAACAUGAAAUUCUUGCAUUUGUUUACAACACGUUUAUUUGACUACCUGUCCUCUGGAUCAAGUGCCUCCGAACCUUCAGCUCACCAUUUGCCUUCAUUUAACCCUGCAGUUACACACAUAACUGACUUAUGUUUGUCUUCUGGUGGUUUCCCUACUGCAUCUAAGCAAGUUCAGGUCACCCUGCUGCUCAAACAAUUAUUCUCUACCCAGCCUGGGUUGAUAAUCAUAGACCAGGUUUUCACUUCUGCCUUUUUAAUCCAAAAUUCUUGAGUGUGUUGUGUUUGAUCAGGUUUCCAAGCUUAUGCACAACAACACUGUUUGAUCCCAAUCAGACUGGCAUGAGGGGAAGCCUCUGAAACGGCUCCUCUGUUGGUAAUGGAAUUGCUGCAUUUCCCCGCAUCAAAUGUAAAACCCUUCUUGCCACAAAACUUCAACAAAAUGGCUCUUGCCUACCUUGACUACCUCAUCCAGGUCUACAAUCCCUCCAGCUACCUACACUCUGCCAAUGAAAGGCACAUGGUGCUUCCAUCACAAUAGGGCCCCAAACCACUUGCCAGACUCCUCUCCUCUGUUGUCUACUGGUGAAGGAGUGAAUUAACAAACUAUCAGAUCCACAGAGUCCUUUUCUAAGAAAAAAAACCAAGACUCAGGUCUUUACAGACCACCUAUGCAACUUAAGCCGCGCUCUUCUCUGUUGUCAACAGUAGUAGAAUGACUGAUACAACCAUUUUGGGUCUACACAGCCCCCUUCUACUUUUGAGACACUUAUUGACACAGCUCUUUGUGAACAGCGCAGCACUUGGUGGUUUGGUGCUUAAUGUGACGUUGUUGAUGAUUACAUUGGUAUUGUGGUUUCAAAUUUAUGAAGAUUUGUUGUAGUUGUUGUGGUGUUAAUGAUACAAUAAAAUUUAAUUUUUAAUGAAGUGCAUUGCCAUUUCGAACUGUAUGACAGUACCAUAUCCAAGCACUUAUGUUAUUUCUAGAUCUUUCCUUGUGUUGUACUUACUCUCAAUUGUACAUAGCUUUGAAUGAAGGCCUUUGCUAAAUGACUUUGCAACUAACUGUCAAACAUCACUUUACAGGUUUAUACAGAUUGUCAUUUUCUUGUCCAUGUUGUGUUUGCAGAGCUAAUAAGAGCAGGAUCCUUUCUUCCUAACAACCAGAAGUCUGAAGCAAUACAAGACAGCGGUGAGGAGAGUCAACCAGUCAGAGAAAGGAGCCAGACAAAGAGGGAGACCUGUAGCCGGGCUUCAAGAAUGAAAACGUGGCCAGAGAGGCGCAGAGCGAGACGAGAGGUGAAGAGGCUGAGGAGAGAGGCUCAAGCCAGACGAGAGGGAGGACUAUUGGGGAGAUCCUGUGGAAACUUUGAUGAAGAAGUUUUCCCAUCAGACCCCUCAAGAUCUCCUUUACUUGGUCAUAUGAAAACCUUGUCCCCUUCACAGAGGAAGAAGAGUGUCAAGGCAGGUGGCGGAAGAAGCAGGAGGAGCAGAGAAACAGAGAGAUGGAAGAAGAGGGGAGGGUUAAAACAUGGAGAUUUAUAUCCACAUGGUGACAUAGACAUCAGUAGUCAAAAUCUUUCCCAAAAACAAAGAGUACGUCACCGAAAGAGAUGAAGUGUUAAUGACUUUUUUGUGUUUUAAAAUAUAACAAAUGUCACUGGGUGAAAUAAACAAAUCAAUUAUGUCACACCAAAGAUACAACAGUCGAAUAGUAUGAAGAGUUGAAGGAUGUUAAUCUUCUGUGAAGCUGGUGUCAGUGUUCUUUCAUAUGAAACUUACUGUUUGCAUCUAGUUGUCAACAUGCUUUCAAAUAUGUCUGCUAAAACCCCUGUAUUUUGCAGUAGGUGGUAGUGUUGUGUCGUUUGCGAACAAUUCGUUUAAAAAAAACGAAUCUUUUAAGUGAA